GGGGGAGGGGGCUCCGGGAGCGCUGGGAACCGCGGGACCCAGACCUGGGCGCCGCCCGCCGCGUGGGACUCUCGGCCCCCGCCGCGAUCUAGACAAAACCGAAAUUCAGAGCUAGGUUGCAGGCGGCAGGCGAGAAGGCUUCGCGUUGAUCCGGGACCCCCGCUGACCCCGGGACGGCCAGCCGGUGGGCGCGAUGAGCCAGGUGCUGGGGAAGCCGCCGCCGGAAGACGAGGAGGACGACGACGACGAGGAUGAGCUGGUGGGGCUAGCGGACUACGGGGACGGGCCCGACACCUCGGACGCCGACCCGGACAGCGGGGCGGAGGAGGGAGUUCUGGACUUCAGCGAUCCCUUCAGCACAGAGGUGAAGCCGAGAAUCCUGCUCAUGGGCCUUAGAAGAAGUGGCAAGUCAUCUAUUCAGAAAGUUGUCUUUCAUAAAAUGUCUCCCAAUGAAACUCUUUUCUUGGAGAGCACUAACAAGAUAUGCCGAGAAGAUGUUUCCAACAGCUCCUUUGUGAAUUUUCAGAUUUGGGACUUCCCAGGGCAGAUUGACUUUUUUGACCCUACUUUUGACUACGAGAUGAUCUUCAGGGGAACAGGAGCGCUGAUAUUUGUCAUCGACUCCCAGGAUGACUACAUGGAAGCGUUGGCCAGGCUCCACCUCACAGUGACCAGGGCCUACAAAGUGAACACAGACAUCAACUUUGAGGUGUUUAUUCAUAAGGUUGAUGGGCUGUCAGAUGAUCACAAAAUUGAAACCCAAAGAGAUAUUCACCAGAGAGCAAAUGAUGACCUUGCAGAUGCUGGAUUAGAAAAAAUUCACCUCAGCUUUUAUCUGACAAGCAUCUAUGAUCAUUCAAUAUUUGAAGCUUUCAGCAAAGUGGUUCAAAAGCUGAUUCCACAACUCCCAACCCUGGAAAAUUUGCUAAACAUCUUUAUCUCAAAUUCUGGAAUUGAAAAGGCAUUUUUAUUUGAUGUGGUCAGUAAAAUUUACAUCGCAACAGAUAGUACCCCAGUGGACAUGCAAACUUAUGAGCUCUGCUGUGAUAUGAUAGACGUCGUUAUCGACAUCUCUUGCAUUUAUGGUCUAAAAGAAGAUGGAGCUGGAACCCCCUAUGACAAGGAAUCAACAGCCAUUAUAAAGCUGAAUAAUACAACAGUUCUUUAUUUAAAAGAAGUGACAAAAUUCCUGGCUCUUGUUUGCUUUGUCAGAGAGGAGAGCUUUGAAAGGAAAGGGCUGAUAGACUAUAAUUUCCAUUGUUUCCGGAAGGCCAUCCAUGAAGUCUUUGAAGUGAGAAUGAAAGUUGUGAAAUCUCGAAAGGUUCAGAGCCGGCUACAGAAGAAAAAAGGAGCCACCCCUAAUGGGACCCCCAGAGUGCUGCUGUAGGUGCAGUUUCAGGAUCGUCUUUUGAAAUCAGACCUUGUAUGA